AUGAAUGAUAUCUAUUAUCCGGGCAAACAAUUGUCGCCAGAUGAAUCGAUGGUGCUAUGGCGUGGACGCUUACAGUUUAGGCAAUUUAUUAAAAAUAAGCGGUACAAAUACGGAAUCAAAUUGUACGUACUUGCAGAACCAGAGGGUACCGUACUAAAAUUUCAAAUCUAUGGUGGUGCAGGGGAUGAUACAUCCGGCAUAGGACAUACCCAAAAAAUUGUACUGAAGUUACCAGAAGACAAAUUGGCCUCAGGGCACAGCGUCUAUAUGGACAAUUACUACAAUUCAUAUGAUUUGGCUACAAAAUUAUUAGAUCGUCAAAGUUACUGCACUGGUACCUUAAAUAAAAAUCGAAAAGGUAAUCCGAUAGAUCUCGUUACGGUUACACUCCGUAAAGGAGAAAAUAAAUCAUUAUUUUUAAAUGGCGUACAUAUCGGCAAAUGGAGGGACAAGCGAUACGUACUGUACAUAUCAACAAAGCAUAACAACGAAAUGAUGGAAGUCACCGAUAAAAGAGGAAAUGUUAUUGUGAAGUCAGCAACAAUUAUACACUAUAAUAAAUUUAUGUCUGGUGUUGAUUUGCAGGAUCAAAUGGUUUCCUACUAUCCAUGCGAAAGGAAAACUAUGAAGUGGUGCAAAAAAGAUUUUUAUCCAUACACUACAGAUGAGUCUUAG